UUCUCUCUCUCUGGAAUGAAGGAUAAAAGUCAAGGAACAACUGAAGAUCCUUAGGGAAAUGAGAAUGCCUGGAAGCGGGAUGGAAACGGAGGGAAAGCUGGAGUCAGACUUUCCAGGAAAAGGCUCUUAUUCCUGGAUUUUUGAAGGAAAGGGAACUAGGUGAACUAGUUGCCAGGACAACCUGCUGUUGGUGGGGGGCGGUUGGGGCAAGGAAAUGGGAGAACUGUGGUUGCUCCUGCUCCUGCCCCUGACCGCCUUCCACGGGGUCAAAGGCUGUUUAGAAUGUGACCCCAAAUUCAUAGAGGAUAUUAGCUCCUUGCUGGCAAAUCUGCUACCCUCAGAAGUCCCUGGCCGAACUCAUCUGCUUGAACGGCAGAUUAAGGAGAUGACCCGUUUAAGUUUCAAGGUCUCCCACAGGGACAAGAUGCUUCGGGUGUUGGCUGUUCAAAAGGUUGUCAAGUUGAGAACAUGGCUGAAGGAUGAACUUUAUAAACUGGGCAAUGAAACAUGGAAAGGUGCCUUUAUCCUUCAAGGGAAGCUUCUCGAUGUCCGCCAAAACCUGGAAUCCACACUGAAAGAAAUAUUAAAGAACUUCUCUGAAGUUGCUUGUUCUGAAGAUUGUGUCGUAACUGAAGGUCCUAUUCUGGAUUGUUGGACCUGUCUUCGCCUCACCACCCGGUGCUUCAGAGGAGAGUAUUGUGGAGAAGAGGAUUCAACGAAAGCCGAGAAUCGAGAAAUUGCACUAUUUCUGAUAUUGCUAGCAGAAGCUGUAAUAUUGGGAAGUGCUUUGUUACUAUUCUAUAUUUGUGUCUCUCAUCAGAGGAAAAUGAAGGCAAUACGAAGGUCAUUAAAGAAAUAUUUGGAGAAGAAACUUGAAGAAUUAAUGGGGAUGAUAGAUGAGAAGGAGGAGAAGGAAGAUUUUGGAAUCAGAAAAUAAAUACAUAGACACAGACAGGAGGUCUUUCAUAAUUCUCUAAAGUGUUGACUCAGAGUAGAAAACCGGAAAUUAAACUCUUUUGUGGUCAUAAAGUCAUAGUAUUUUAAAACUGAAACAGAACUUUCUGUAGUAAAAAUCCUUAUUGACAUCCUGAAGCAAUGGAAGCAAUGAGAGGGCAUAUGAUUCACCACAAGUUGUACGGAAAGUAAUGCUGGUGUGUUGCAAUGCACAUAAAAGA